AUGGGGUUUUUCACACACACACUUACCCGCAACCUUCAGGAGAGGUGGACAGAAAGAGAUGAUGAUCCUUUUCUUGGAUCUACAAUACAAGCUUUCUUAUUCCUUGCUCAAACUUGGAAAUAACAGUAAUGUCUAUCCAACAAUAAAACUCUAGACCUAAUAAUUUCCCAAUUAUUUUAAAUAAAUCCUAAAUAAUGGAGUCUGAGAUGAAAGACCUGAAUUCGAAGCCAGCUAACUCGACAGCCCCCGCUGAUGGCCCAACCAAAGACGACAGGCCUCUUCUUAAGCCCGAGUCCACUGAGAGCCUCGAAGAAUUGGAGAAGAAAUUCGCAGCUUUUGUGCGCAGCGACGUGUUCGGCACCAUGGGACGUGGCGAACUCCCAUUGUCGGAGAAGGUUCUACUUGGUAUCGCUCUGGUCACGCUAGUUCCAAUACGAGUGAUAUUGGCGAUGAGCGUAUUGGUAUUGUAUUAUUUAAUUUGUCGGAUUUGUACGCUUUUCUCGGUACCAAAUCGGGACGAGGAGCAAGAGGAUUACGCUCACUUGGGCGGGUGGAGAAGGAGCGUUAUUGUGUGGAGUGGUAGAUUCUUGUCUAGAGUAAUGCUUUUUGUGCUUGGGUUUUGUUGGAUUAAAGAGACUUAUAAGAUUGCUGAUGCUCAAGAUAAGUCAUCAUCUACUCAGAGUGAGGUCAAUAAUCAAGUUGAAGAACCUGAAAGACCUGGUGCUAUUAUAUCUAAUCAUGUAUCAUAUUUGGAUAUUUUGUAUCACAUGUCUUCUUCUUUUCCGAGUUUUGUUGCCAAGAGAUCAGUCGCAAAACUUCCUCUAGUUGGUCUCAUCAGCAAGUGCCUCGGUUGUGUCUAUGUUCAGCGGGAGUCUAAAUCAUCUGAUUUCAAGGGUGUUUCAGGUGUUGUGACUGAAAGAGUUCAAGAAGCUCAUCGGGAUAAGUCUGCUCCAAUGAUGAUGCUAUUUCCGGAAGGUACAACUACAAAUGGUGACUUUCUACUUCCAUUCAAGACUGGUGCAUUUUUAGCAAGAGUUCCUGUGCUUCCUGUGAUUCUCAGGUAUCCUUACCAGAGAUUCAGUCUUGCCUGGGAUUCAAUAUCUGGGGCACGCCAUGUCCUUUUUCUUCUCUGCCAAUUUGUAAAUCAUAUAGAGGUGACCAGGUUACCUGUCUACUACCCGUCACAGCAAGAGAAGGAUGAUCCAAAACUCUAUGCUGAAAAUGUUCGAAGGUUGAUGGCUGGCGAGGGUAAUUUGAUAAUGUCAGAUAUUGGGCUUGCUGAAAAGCGAAUAUAUCAUGCUGCUCUCAAUGGUUUGUUUUCCCCAUGCUAAUUCGGAUUGGCCGUCUGUAAAUUCAUUUGGUGGAGCUAAACUAGCGUUUUCAAAGAAGGGCUGCCUCUGAUGUUUCCACAUUUAGCAGUUAAUAGACAUCCAGGAAGUUGAUAUGUUCGUUUAUGAGAUGGCUUUUAGGUAUUGUGAUUGGUGCUACUUGGUCUUCAAUGUUGAGUUUAAUGCUUAGAAACAGAGGCUGCCUUUGUAUUGGCUGAGAUGCGCUCCUUGACAAGGGACUCAGGAGCGACUCAUCACAUUUCUUAUGGUGGGGUCAUAUCCAUUGGAUUUUUGAGCAAGUGUUUGUUCCUGUAAAUUAGUACUGGCGGGUUCGGCAUUUGCAAUUUUGCAUGAAUUUCUAAAUUAUGACCUCUUAAUUACUGCCAUGACUCAAGGUUCUGAGCUUUAAAAGAAAUAUUAGGGUUCAAAUGCUCUGCAGUGCUGUUCGUUCAAUUGAUCUAUCAAAUUUUGUACUACCCUGGACCUACACAAAAGCAACAUUCAUCAUCUCCGUGUUUUUUGAAGGUCCAAAAAUGGAAUA